AUGAAGCUACUCCUCCUCAUCUCCCUCGGCCUCCUCCCCACCCUCGCCGUGGCGGGCGAAAAACUUCCCCCCCGUCCCAGCGGCAAAUACGGCAAAAACGUCCCCCCCGAGCCCGUCGACCAGCCGCUCAAGCACCCCAAAGAUCCCGCACUGUGGUGGCAAGGCAUCACCGACGAUGAUGUGUAUUACCCAGAGUGGGCCAUCGCCGCGCGCGCAGAUGCGACGGCGGAGACGAAGGGAGACGACGACGCCACCGCCGACUCAAGCCUAGACUCGAACACCCAAGGCAAGAAGAAGCACGACAAAAAGCCAACCCCAGAUGAUGCAAAUCUAAACCCAGAUGAGCAAAACCCAAAUCCAGAUGAUCAACAGCCAGACCCAGAUGAGCAACAGCCAGACCCAGAUGAGCAACAGCCAAAGCCAGGUGAGGACGAGGAAUCGGGCUUCGCGGGCACGUGGAAAAAGAAGGAUGGCAGAAUGCAACACGUACAUCGAGGCGGCAAGAAAGAGCGCUGGGGUCGCAUAAAGGCUAGACAUGUGCAGCAUAUGAUGUUGCAGGGGUAGGAAGGAGGUUUCCUCGGGGAAGUAGACAGCAGAGAUUGAAGAGUCAAAC